AUGGAGCUGCAGAGGCGAGUAUUCCUUCUGACGUGGAUUUUCUUUCUGACCUUCGACGUUGUCAUCAACGCUGAAGCAUCUCAAUGUAUCCAAGAAACAACUCCAGAGAACGAGAAUGAGAAGGUUAAAGAGAUAUUUAAAAAUCCCCACAACAAAUAUAUUUUUCGGAAAGACACCAAAUCUUCCAAUGAAACUUCGCUGGUUGGAAAGCCGACCACGUGUUUGCGGAUGCUGUGGAAGAAAGAGGCGAACAUGUCUAAAGCCAGCAUCUGUUUGAUCUACACAGAUGAAAUGAACGAAACGAUAAUCAAUAUACUAUCCGUGAAAAGUGAAGGUGGAAACACCUUAGAGUUUACGUUCAAUGAGGUAACUUUAUUAGAGUUCCUUGACAGGACGGUGAAAUAUAAGGUUCUGAGUACGAAUUCUUCUUGUAGCAUUUUAGAGAAACCAAAAAACAGCUAUGGAAAGUGUGCGUACUGGGUCCUGUACACAGGUGGAGGUGGCAGGGUUGCAAAGUGGUGCAAGCCGCCCAGGAAGCCUAAGUGCGAUGUAGAGAUACACACCCUCCAAGAACCUGGGAGAUGCUAG